CAUCGGUCGCCAUGAAUUUCUGCUAGUGACAAGAGUUUAUUUCUUCGCGAAAAAUUCUACGGCCAGUGCCUUGAAAGCUCAGAAAAGGCAACGUCGUUGUUUACAAACAAUCGCAGAAGGUUUUGCUUGCCCGACCUUUGGUUGCUUGCGCUUGAACGAGUGUCGCACGAUGUUGCAUCCGAGGAAGCAGGUUUUAUUAUUUGUUUAAAUCAAGAAAACAGAAGAAGGAGCAGAGCAUGAGACAAUCAACUAUCGGGAAAAUAAAAAGGAAGGUAUUUUCGUUCGCAGACACACGGUCUUUUUCCCCUUACGACCGUCCGCGACGGACCCGCUGCCUAGGUCCCAUGCGUAUGCUGUAAGUUGAUCGACUUCUGUGCUUGUGUUGGUGGCCGAUGUUGGGUUGUAAACAUGAAGGUGCACCAUUUCCCACAACAGCGACAAACCAGUUUUGGAUUAGAACGAGAUAAACCUUUUUUUUUUUUUCUUGUGAUCGUUUUGUGAAUUUUUAAAGGGUUUGUGCCAGUUUCCCCUGUUGUGCUGCCGUUGAUUUACCUGUCCUGGCGUGAGGAUGAAUUGGUGCAAGAAACAAGAUAUGGCGAUGUUCAGCCCAAUUAAUAUGUUCUAGCGUUUGCUUUGGUAGCCACAAAUUAAGAUUCGCAAUAAUUCAAGCUCUGUUUCGAGUGAAAUGCAAGGAUUUUGACGUAGGACAUCGCCUUUGUUUUCUUAACUGCUGUGGGAGAGAAAAUGAAUGAAGCCGCCGCUAAUGUUACAUCAGAUUUUGAACGGUCAUAACUGUUUGACCACAUAAUAGAUUGCAAACGUCUGUAUAUCGUUGGAUAUAUAAGGUGUUAAAUAAUUGUGAAAAUAAAAACCAUAGUUAUCAGUGAAAAUCCACAUUAAAAACUAAAAAAAUGUCCAAAUGGAACAAAGCACACGGGCUGAUCGUCCCGAUAGACUCUCUGUUGAAGGAAAAAGAAAACACUAACCGGCCCGCUCCGCUUCGGUCGGCCGGACUGGUAGGGCGCUGGGGUAUCACCAGCUUUACCUCGAUCAGGAAUACUACCUACGCAUAUGAAAGCACCAGUCCGAAGGAAACGGAACCGGAUCUGAACUGCUCUUCCAACCUGGCGAGUUUGUCCACGCAGGUCCCAAAUGCGCCAAAGCCGAAAAAGUUCUUCAAAAGUCGCAACACGCUGCCUCCAGCGCCGUCCGCCGGUAGCACACCGGACGCCCAUCGGCAGCAGGAUGCGGUGUACCACCACCAGCAUCAAACGGCAGCGCAGCUACAAGCCCGCAUUGCACAGCACGCAGGCGGUAGCCCGCCGUAUCCUGCUCCAGUAGGAUACUACCAGCAGACUUCCUCGAAAUCACCUGCGCGGGCUGCCGGUGAGAAGGCGGCCGUGAAGAAGGAGAAAAUCAGAAAAAAGAAACAAAAACCACCGGAACUGACCGAAGGUCCCGUCGAACGGGAACCGCACACCGAAGAAAACAACCCUGCUAAGAAGGAGAAAAAAGAGAAGAAAGAAAAGAAACCGAAGAAGCUUAAGAAAGAAGAACUUCCGCCGGAGCUCCCCAAGCGAAACUCGUCUCGCAUUCGAAACAAAGUGGUCAACUACAACGAAGAUGACGACAGCUUCGAUACUAUUCCUUAUCAACAGGACCAACUUAAGACAACUCCCGUACCGACGGAUGAGAAUUCUGAACAUCCGGUGGGGGGCGUUAAUGCUCCCAUUGUCGAACGGAACGACGUUUCGGUAGAAGAGGAAGAAGAAUUGGAAGAACCUAUCCCCGAACCGGACGACGACGAAGAGGAUGAAGAGCCUUGCCCUGAGCUCGUAACAGAAGCAGAUCCUCCCCUUCCGGUUGGGGAAAGUGUGCCCGAGUUGCGACUAAAACUGAAGGAACCCAAAGCAGCUCCGAUGGUGGUUCCGGUUCCACUGACUUCACCUUCGAUCACCGAGCAUCCACCCAUCGUGUUGCGGAUAUCCAAGGGCACCUCCCGGCUGAUCAGCACCGACAGCGAGGAUGUUAACUCACCCCCUCACGGUACGACUAACGCGCAGCAACUACCGCCAGCCCCGGUAGCACCUGUCCGACAGCUAACACCACCGCAAUCACAGCCUCCUCCUCCACCGGAGGAACCCACAGUACCCCCGCUAGUGCUAACAACGGCAACUGCGGUCCCGACGAUCGUAACACGAUCACCACCAACACCAACAGUAGCACCCCCAACGACGACCGCAGCCGUUCCCGCCGAAGAACCGAAAAAGGAGGAUCUCAAAAUCAAAAUCUCACUCAGUAAAUCAGCCCUCAUAAGCAACGGAGGAAGCGGCAGCAGCAGUGGUGCCAAGAGUAAGAAAGAAAGCAAAAAAGAGCUUCGACACUUUAAGAAGCGAGUUCUAGCUCGAGAGAAAGGACGUACCAGCAAACGGCCGAAGCGUUCCGCCGAGGAAAAAGACUCCAACGAUUUGGAUAGCGCAGACGAGGAUCGGCAAGCUUUGGAGCUGCUAGGUGGCGUAGCGGAAGAUCUCCGUGUUGAUCCCAUCGUGAUACCGACUAGCCGUCCAACUUUUCCCCUACCUGGAACAGACGCGUACGAGCUGUACCGCACGCUAGCUUCACCCUCCGGUGGAGAUGAUUUCGAUUCCCAAAGCUCGAUUCUUGGAAGCGCUUCGUCUAACAACACCCCGAAACAUGGUGGCCUAACGGCAGCCGACGAUUGUCAUAUUAUUCACAGCCGAGGCUCGAGUGAUUGCGGCAGUGAUUUGGAACUGUCACAAAACAGUUCAACGGCGGCAGCGCCGCCUUCGGAAAUUUGUUUCGAAAGUGAAAAUACUCUAGAUAAUCGUGAGGAAGAAUCGAAAAAGGACCUCCCAAGCGCAGCGGCAGACGAAAAGAAAGAACCGCCGGUACGGGAAGAGCGAGUCGAAGUUCUGAAGCUCAGUCUAAAGGGCACUAGAACGAACACCCGAGCUACACGUAGCAGAAUGAAGAACAUCCAAAUAGAGGUGGUAUCCAAGCCGGAACCGGUACCGGUUCCAGCGGAGAUAACCACCCCGGAGCCGGCAGUCAAAAAAUUCGGACGAGCCACACGCAAUCGAAACAACAAUAAUAACGUGGUGGUAGCCGCAAAACCCAAUCAGAUAUCUGAAACGGAACCAACAUCUCCGCCGCCUCAGCCCAUCCGAGAACCAUCGCCACCUGCUCCAGCACCCGCGCAAAAAGUAGCCACCCGCCAGUACAGCCGACGGAAGAAGAACGUAAUCCCCCCGGAUUACCAGCAAGGCGUCAUAACCAGUCCGACACUCGAAACAUCCGCGAUCCACGAAGAAUCGGGUCCACCACCUUUCACACUGUCAUCGGAGAGCGAAUCGGCACUAGCCUCCAUGCAGUCUAGUUUGCCAGCUUCUGCCGGACUCGAUCUCAGCACGACGGGAGCCAGCAGAACGGGACGUACCUCCGCCGGAACGAACGUUCAGGACGAAAAUCAACCGGAACCGACCGACGUGUACAAAAUCAAAAACAAGUUCAAACGGUCUUAUUUUCGUAGUGAAGAACUGGCCAAACAAAAGCAACAGCUGAUGCAGGAUAUUCGACCUCUAGGAGAGACUCCGAGCAAUAACACGACGGUGCCAGCGGCAGCUCCGGCCAGCACUCUCACAGUUCCACCCAUCACCAUUCCAAUCGGAAACCUCCAGCAGCAGCAGCAACAGGACUCACAGCUGCAGCAACAAGAACAUACACCACAGCCGGUGAAGUUGGUAAUUUCGAAAAAGAAGGGCAGUAUUUUCAAAAGUCGACCCCUGACGGGAAGUGCCGAAGCGGCGGACAAGAAACGGCAUGUGUACAAGCACAAAUGGGACGACGACGAUGAUGGGGAUGGAAAGGAUAAGGGUACGGCUGGCGAAACGGAUGCCGAAAAGAAAGCGGCUACCUUCGAGGGGGAACCAUCCGGUCUGUCGCGGGUAAGCUCCCGGUUACGUAACUCUGGUGGUAAUUCUAGUAUGGAUUUCGAGGACGACGAGUUUGACGAUACGGAUAGUAAAGUCCGGUGUGAUCGGAAUGCCAAACCUUACUACACGGUGAUACGGAACGUCAAAAACGCCCACCAGAUACAGGAGAUCGGCGAGUCCCAGGAGAUGGACGAUGAUGUGGAGUAUAUCUUAUCGGCACUGCAACCGGACACGCCGAACGCAACUCGCUGCCUGUCGGCAGUGACGUUAGCGAGCAAAUGUAUGACUCCCGCCUUCCGAAUGCACGUCCGAGCGCACGGCAUCGUCACCCGGUUUUUUAAGGCCCUUCGGGACGCUCACCUGGAUCAGAGUCUCGGUCUUUGUACGGCUACUAUUUUGUUCGUGCUUUCGCAGGACACCCUUAAUGUUGAUCUCGAUCGAGACUCGCUCGAGUUGAUGCUGAAUCUGCUGGACACGGAUCACUUGUCCAGCUCGGAUGGCGGUCUAACCGCUGCUCAGUUGGAGAAAAACAAGCAGAAAGUUCGCGAGGUAUGCGAGGAGAUCAAGAACUCGGGCAAAGCGAAGCACAUGGAUCUGGACAAUUUGACCGUUGGUUCGCUAGCGAUGGAAACUCUGCUUUCGAUGACCUCGAAACGAGCGGGUGAUUGGUUCAAGGAUGAGCUGCGCAAACUGGGCGGUUUGGAUCACCUGAUAAAAACCGUCUCCGAUUGCUGUCGGGAGAUAUCCGACUACGUUGUCGAAUGGACGGACGAUUUACUUUCGAAGCUGCGUAAAAUCGAACGCUGCUUGCGGGUACUCGAAAAUGUGACCAUUCUGAACGAGCAAAAUCAGAGCUACAUCCUGAACUACAACAAGGGAAGUUUGGUGCACACGUUAGCUCGACUUUUUAAGCUCGUCGAUAGCGAGGUAGUGCUGUACCCAACCGACGAACGAACCCCCAAGGACGAUCGAGGAGUAGUGCUGCGGGAGGUGAUUCCACCGAUCCUUAAACUAUUCAUCAGCUUGACGCAUCCGUUUGAUGAGACUGCUUACGGAGCGGGGGUGAUCGGUGCCCUGCCGAAUGUGAUGGAAACCAGCCUGCAUCUGUUGCUGCGAGUCGGAGAGUACGUACCGCAAAAGUUUAUCUUCGAGAUGAACAUUCUGGUGCUGCUGUUGCUGAUCAAUCUGACGAUGUACACUCAAAGCAACCGGCGUUAUCUGAUGGUAUCUCGAGCGCCGGACGAUUUCAACCAAACGAUCGAAGCAUCCCGCAAAGGGGCGCAAAUGGCCGUGCAGGCUUUGGUGGAAUAUUUCUACCGGCAGGACGAAUUGGCGAGGUAUGCGGAGAAAAAUACCGACGCAAUUCUGGAUGCCAAGUCACAGAAAAACGAAGAUCUUGAAGAGACGGUUACCAAAUUGCUCCAGAAGGCAGGUCACCACAUGGAGCACACGCUGAUGGCCAGCUAUGUUUGCUUGCUGAUUGGCUGGAUCGUGGCCGGCAGCGAGGAGAACGAAACCGUCGUUCGAACCUACCUAAAGGAUGGCAACUUCCUGACGAUGGUUAGCUCGCUGGAAAAGUACUACAAUUUCCUCAACCUGACGGCGAAUUCCGACGCACUCAGUCUGCAGCAUGUGCGUCAAACCAAAAACAUAAUCGACAAUCUAAAACGGCUGGACGCCGCCGAUCGGGAGGCAGCUUCAUCGUCAUCAUCAUCAUUGGCACAACCGGCGGCCUCCACCAGUUCAGCGACGAACCAGCAGCAAUCGCAACCGAACCGCUACGGAUCUCGCCCUGCAACCCGCGCACACUACUGAUAGAGGGAACUGCUCCCGCCCGACCGGCGCUUGUAAGUUGUAUUUUUCCUAAAUCUACCGACAUUUCUCGCAUUCUCUACUCGUGAAUUGUAAUCGUUCGUAGAACAGUAGGAUUCCUUCUUCUUCUUCUUCUACUUCCUCUCUAGCCGCUUAUCAUUCAUCCAACAGCAGGAGGAAGAUUGUUUUAAUCUGUUUCUUCUUUUUUACAUCCCCCUUUCCUAAACCUCAGAGUGUAGAAAACGGUGGUACACUGAUUGAAUGUCAUUUUACUUUCCCCUCCAUCAGCUAGUAAUAUGUAAAAAUAGGAAGUCUGUACCAGGCAAACGUGGCUGAGAAUAUUGUAAAAAAAAGCUUAUUGAAAACCUCAGUUUCUCUGUAUUUAGACUGCUUUUUUUUUAUUUUCGAAAAAUAUGUUAGUCUAGGUUUCCCAGCACACAAAUAAUGCUAUCGAAAUUAUUAAUAAAAACUGUAUUUUAAUUGUGUUUGAUUUAGACUUUACGUUGUUGCUCGUUCAGUAGCAACUCUAGUAACCAACGGUAGACCGUCCGGUUUACUACCUUACUUAGUAUACUUAUGUAUGUGCGCGUGUUGUAUGCCUAAUUGUGUGCGACUGGUUGCCGCCUCUACCACAGCAGUACUAUCGGCUUUAGUGUUACGUCUUCUAGUACAUAAGUGUGUAAUGAAUGCAAUAGAAAAGAGCGACCGAGAGUUUUUGUCCCCCUUCUCGGCCAGUCGCGGUUUCCUACCGGAUCCGGCUGGUCAUUGUAAUUGUAAUUCACUUUGUAGCAAGUAAACUGUACAUUGUAGGAGGUCCCUUUUUCCUGUAGGAUUUAAGCGAUAUGGCGUUGUUAGUGUCACAUUCGUCAGAUAAAAAACACACACACACAAUUAUUUCGUAAAGAAAAUUGCAAAAGAACCAGCAGUAAAUGUAAACGCAGCUUUUUGUCUAGAUAAGAACUUAUUACUAAAGGGAGGAACAAAUAAAAAGCAGAGAUGUGGAAAGUAGAGCUAAGAUUUAUCGUGUUAGGUGUGUACAUAGUCUAUGAUAAUAUAUUAUAUAUUGUUUAAAUUAUUAAGAUGCAUAAAAAAACAAAAGAGAAAGAGAGAGCAAAAUUCUUUGAGGAAAAUACAACUUUUUAAUAAAACCGCGAAAAUAUUCAAGAA